GCGCGCGAGGCGCGCUCACAGAGCUGCGAUACAGUUUAAUUGAGGCCAUUAAACGGCGUCUCGCAGCGCUUGCUGCCCGCGCGAAACGACGUGACAACGCGCACCCACGUCUACUACCCACAACCCAACCCUAUGGACAGCAAGGCGGACUCCAAAAUGGAGGACGCAGCCAACGUGGACGAGCCCGGUACAGACAGCGCCGAGCCGAAUAAACAAUUCCUCCUCGAUCGCAUCGCGACGAGCGACGGAUUCAAGGACGCCAAGGCGCACAAGGAGGAGGACGCCGCGCCGGAGGCCGCGCCCGCCGCGGACGCGAAGGCCACAGAGGAAGCGUCGUCCGGCGAGGACGCGUCGCCGCCGAAGCGCCGAAGACCCCUCCUCGUGGACAACCUGGAACCGCUCGCGCGCCACGCGUUGAAAUAUGGAGAGUUGGUCGUGUCGAAGGGGAGCGUGCUGGACGCGCACGUCGGCGCGCUGGUGAACGCGGCGAACGAGGGCUGCCAGGGCGGCGGCGGCGUCGACGGAGCCAUCACGAGCGCGGGCGGCGAUUUACUCGCGGAGAAGCGCGAGGCGCUGCCGUGCCUCGCGGGCAGCGACUGGCGGCGCUGUAAUACCGGAGACGCCGUCGUUACCAGCGGCGGGCCCUUCGGGUCCCUGCGAUGCGACGCUGUCAUCCACGCCGUCGGCCCCAAUUACCACUCGUUGCCGGACGGCGAGGGCGACGAGCUGGCGCGGGGCGACGCUUUACUUAGGUCCGCCUACGUUUCGAGUAUGGCGCGCGCCAAGGAAGAGAAGUGCAAGACCGUCGCCUUUUUGCUGCUGUCGGCGGGCAUCUUUCGCGGGCUGCAGUCGCUCGACACGAUCCUCGCCAUCAGCGUCGGCGCCGUGGCCGACGCGGCCUACGAGGGCCUCGAGCGCGUGCACCUCGUGGCGUUUACGCCUGGCGAGCAGAGGAAGCUUAAGGCGGCGGCGGCGGCGCGGUUCGCGGAGUAGGGUGCCCGCGUCGCCUCGACGGCGCGAGGGUGACGCCAUCGCCGCGACAGCUCUCUUCGCCUCGACGCUACGGUGUGCCCGGUGAUGUGUAAUAGUAUCGUCCGUCGAGUUAUCAAGUACGG